CAACCGGAAGCACAUGGUGAAUUUGCACAAACGUCAACACGAGAUCAUCAUGAGUGACAAUGAAAACUCUGGUGAAGCAGAAGGAGAAACAGGACAGCGAAUCCUUGCUCAGUUUAAGAGUGAGACAGGUGAAGUGGCAGGCAGCUCGUUUGACUUACCUGUAGAUAUAACACCUGAGAAGUUACAACUCAUCUGCAAUGCAAUCCUCAAUAAUACAGAGACAGUGCCGUAUUCCUUCUUUGUCAAUGAGACAGAAAUAACAACAUCACUGUCCAGUAGCUUAGAUAAGGAUGCUCUAGAGAACACGGAGAAGGUGCUGGACAUCGUGUAUCAACCUCAGGCUAUCUUCAGAGUCCGAGCGGUCACUCGCUGUACUAGCACCAUUGCUGGACAUGCUGAGGCAGUGAUUGCUGUAUCCUUUAGUCCCGAUGGCAGGUAUCUAGCGAGUGGAUCUGGUGAUACCACUGUCAGAUUCUGGGACAUCAACACAGAAUCCCCACAAUAUACUUGUAAAGGACAUAAACACUGGGUUUUGUGUAUUGCAUGGUCCCCAGGAGGUAAUAAACUGGCGUCAGGCUGUAAGAACAGUCAGGUAUGUCUGUGGGACCCAGGCACUGGAAAACAGUUGGGACAUACACUGGUAGGACACAAGCAGUGGAUCACCUGGUUGUGCUGGAAACCUUUACACUUAGAUCCAGAUAGUCGAUUCUUAGCAAGUUCUUCAAAGGAUGGAACGAUUAAGAUCUGGGACACAGUUUUAUUCCAGUGUACGAUAACACUGUCUGGUCAUCUACAGUCAAUUACUUGUGUCAAGUGGGGUGGAACCGACCUCCUGUACACCUCCUCACAGGAUAGAACUGUCAAGGUGUGGAGGGGCGACAAUGGAGUGUUGUGUCGGACCCUUCAAGGUCAUGGUCACUGGGUCAAUACAAUGACUUUGAGUACAGAUUAUGUAAUGAGGACGGGAGCGUUUGAUCCCGCCGAUGCCCAGCUGGUGCACGGAGACAUCACAGACUCAAAUGAAGCCCUGGCAAAGAAAGCAAAAGAGAGAUAUGAUUCAGCUAAGGGCCCUGGACCUGAGCGGCUUGUGUCUGGCUCAGAUGACUUUACAUUAUACCUAUGGAAACCGGAAGAGGAUAAGAAACCAAUUGCACGCAUGACUGGUCACCAGCAACUCAUCAAUGAUGUACAGUUUUCACCCGACACCCGACUUAUCGCCAGUGCAUCCUUCGACAAGUCUGUAAAGUUAUGGGACGGCCGCACUGGAAAAUUCCUGGCGACUUUCCGUGGACAUGUAAAUCGUGUGUACACACUGGGCUGGUCAGCUGAUAGUCGACUCAUUUGUAGUGGCAGUUCUGAUUCCACCAUUAAAGUAUUUGAUGUGAAGACUAGAAAACUAUUGUUUGAUUUACCCGGACAUGCAGACGAGGUUUACUCUGUAGACUGGAGUCCAGAUGGACAGAGAGUAGCAAGUGGAGGCAAGGACAAAGUACUGAAAAUAUGGAGGAAAUGAGGAAUGAAUCAUCAGAAAGCUGUUUAAUUCCAAGCCUGGGAGGAAGAGCCAUGUGACAAUUUACAUUUCAUUAAAUGCCAUACUGUAUGAUAUUUGAUGAUAAAGUUAUAUAAUUGUUUAUAUAAAGAUAUACACUACACUGUGUUAGGGUUUCUUUGUAACUUGUUGUGUCUGGUUAAGCUUUAAAAUAGUAAAGAGUUGAACUUGUCUUCAA